UUCCUUGUAGGAGUGGAAAUACCAUUGCUGUGUGUUUUUGGCUGCUUCUUUGGGAGCCCCACGUGCUGUAGACCAUUGUCAUAGGCAGGGGACAGACAGGAGGACACAACCCUCUGGUUCUAGUUGUGACGUGCCAGUGGAACUUCCCAGGGUGUAUUAGAGGUGGCAUUUUUACAACCUUAUAAGGAACUUUAGGAUUUCCAUUGGGAUUUUAGGAGGACAAGAACAGUUUGCAGUUUUGAGGUUCCAGCGUCUGAAACAUGUUCUCCACGGCCACUUCAUACAAGAACCAGCAUUACUCUGAGCUGAAGAGGAAAUGUCUGGAGGACAAUAAACUGUUUGAGGAUCCAGAGUUUCCUGUCACCAACGCAUCCCUGUUUUACAGAAAACAACCUCCUGGUAUGGUGGAGUGGAAGAGACCAAGGGAGAUCAGUGAUGGGCCUCAUCUCUUUGUGGAGGGCAUCAGCUCCCAUGACUUGAACCAGGGGCUUUUGGGUAACUGCUGGUUCGUGGCGGCAUGCUCCUGCCUGGCACUGAAGCCAGACCUCUGGCAGAAGGUCAUCCCUAACUGGAAGGAGCAGGAGUGGGACUCCAAGCACCCUGAGAACUACACUGGCAUCUUCCACUUCCAGUUCUGGGUGUUUGGGGAGUGGGUGGACGUGGUGGUGGAUGACCGCCUGCCCAGCAUCAACGGAGAGCUCAUGUACUGCCACUCCAAAGCCAAAAACGAGUUUUGGAGUGCCCUGCUUGAGAAAGCCUAUGCCAAGCUCUCUGGCUGCUAUGAGUCGCUGGACGGGGGCAACACUGGGGAUGCGGUGGUGGAUUUCAGUGGAGCUGUGGCAGAGGCCAUUAACCUUGAGGCUGAAGCUUUCCACAAAGACCAGGAGAGAAUGGACAAACUGUUUGAGGACCUGUUCAAAGUCUUCGACAGGGAUGGAAUAAUCAGCUGCUCCAUCAAGGCGUCUCCUUCUGAAAUCGAGGCACGGAUGGCGUGUGGGCUGGUGAAGGGCCAUGCUUACUCAGUGACUGCAGUGAAGAAAGUACGGUUGGGCCACGGGCUGGUGGCCUACUUCCAGAACGAGACCAUCCCCCUGAUCCGCAUGAGGAACCCUUGGGGAAAGACUGAGUGGAACGGAGCCUGGAGUGACAGCUCAGAAGAAUGGAAAAAGGUUGGCAGCAUGGAGAGGAAUAAGCUUGGCAUCACAGUGGAAGAUGAUGGGGAGUUCUGGAUGGCGUUUAGAGACUGGUGUAAGUACUUCACAGAUGCAGACGUGUGUCAUCUCAUCAACACCUCCCUACUCACCAUCGACAAGACAUGGAACGAAGUGAUGAUUUUUGGGAGUUGGACCAAGAAUGCAGAGCCUCUGCACAACCGCUGUGGAGGCUGCAUGAACCACAAACAGACAUUCUUACAGAACCCCCAGUACCUGUUUGAGGUGACCAAGGAAGUGAAUGAGGUUCUGAUCUCCCUACAGCAGAGAGACAUGAAGAUCCACAGACGUAUCGGCCAGGGAGAGAACCUCACCAUCGGCUUCGCCAUCUUCAAGGUUGAACUGAAUAGGAAAUACCGCAUGCAUGACAUCAUCACCCAGCUUAACGUGCAAUCUACGACGUACAUCAACGCCCGCACGGUGUUCAUGAGGGGCAUGUUCCCCAAGGGCCGUUACAUCAUCAUCCCCUCCACCUUCAAACCGGAGAUUCUGGGAGAGUUCAUGCUGCGUGUUUACACUAACGUAGACUCAGGAUGCAGAGAGCUAACAGAACACCAGCCCAGCAUAAAGUGUUGGAGUGCGUUGACUGGCUAUCCUAUUGCCGUGUCCCAGAUCUACGUCCAUGGAGCAGAGGGGCUGGAGAACCAGGACAGCAAAGGGGGCGCAGAUCCAUAUGUGAUCGUGUCCUGUGAGGGCUGCUCAGUACAGUCAACAGUCAAGGCAGACACCGUGAAGCCGGUGUUUGAUACCAGAGCAAUCUUCUACAGGAAGAAGACCACAAAGCCAAUCACUGUGGAGGUGUGGAACAGUAAUGCUGUGAAGGACCAGUUCCUGGGCCAGGUGGUUCUGACAGGCUCAGUCAAUGACUCCACCGACCCCCAGAGGCUCCAGCUGAGGAAGAGGGGUAGAGCCAUGGCCGACGAAAUGCCUGGCUUCAUCACCCUCCGCAUUGUCACCUGCACCGAGCUCACAGACAUGUGACCUGGAUCAGCUGACUACUACCUGGGACACAUUGACAGUGUUUACAACACUCUGUCGCCUCGGACACUUUGGACAGGGGCUCAGCACUACAAGACAUAAAGUUAUCACUCAGAAUGACUAUCAAUGUGAGCUUACAAUAUAUUCUACUAAGGACUGCCAUGGACCAAGAAGUACCUUCAAGCCUUCUGGAGUUUUGUUUGUUCUUAUAGCAUUAGUUUUGAGUGUUUUGUAAAGAGACAAGACAUUCAUUUUUGAAAGAUGAAUAACUGUGAAAAAGUAAGAAUAUAAUAAUUUUCUACUAGACUAUACACUAUGAAACAUAAUAACUCUUCAAAGUGAUAUGCAUACUGUAUCUGUAUACAACAUUAUGCAACUUAUACAUUCCAAUAACAUGUUUGUUAUCAUAUACAAAGAUAAGUGCCUCUUUUGAUAUUGCUGAAAAACAGCCAAAAGGCUUCAGUAUUUGCUACAAAAUAUUGGAAAGUCUUGAAAGACCUGAAUGUAUCUAGAGUGUAAGUUUUGAACCAUGGUCAUCAAUUUGUGUCGUUCCACUGAACAACUUGAAAUGCCUAAAGUGUAUGUACUGCCUCUAAACUACCGUACUCCCUUGCUCAAAAUGACUUGCCACGUAGUCCCUCCCUACUAACAACAAAGAAAAAUACAUCCAUUCAAACCGAAAAGUAAUUUUACAAUGUUUUUUUUUUGUUUAAAUUAAUUUUAUUUCAGUUCAGUUCCCAAACUGCAGUAUUUUGUUGUUUUACACUCAAGACACAGCCAUGCACAAUUCAGAAUUCAAAAAAGUAUGUUGCUUUAACCACAAUUAAAAAUAGCAUAUCCAAAA